AUGGACCUUGGUUGGCCUCGAGUUGUCCGUGAAUCCGAACACCUGCUGAUCUGUCCUCGGAGGCAGGUGUCAGUCCAUGAGGAAUCUAAAAUCUCCCAGGUGAAGCGAUGUCAACACUUUGGCACGAAGUUGAGUGUCGUCUGUCGUGAAAAUUUUUUGAAACUUCCUUUGCUAUUUUUCUAUAUUUUUUGGUGUUACAGUGCAUGGGAAUUACUACAAGGAAAUGUUCUAGGGGAGACGACGGGAGGAUGUAGGGAUGGUGAAGAAAGCGCAGAACUGGGGCUUAAGGCAACUAUACCACUAGCUGCCGCAGCCCUCCAAAUGGCUCGUAUCCCUGCCGUGUACAUCACUGAUUAUGACCAAGAUCCCCUUCAGGUGGAGCCUUAUUGGGAACCCUAUUAUGCGCUGACGGUAUGA